UUCCUUUGCCUCCAAAGCCAGAUUCUGAGUUUUGACAGGGUCUUUGCAAAUGUCAUUCAAUCAGGAGACUAGGAAAUAUUUUUGGGUUUGUGGAGCGCUUAUUUUUUUUAAAAAAAUGGCAAGAAGAGAUGAGGAUUGCCGAAGACACCAGCGUUUAAUUUUUUUAGAGAAACUGAUGCUUUGGAGUUUUUUCCCCCCCUUGAAGUGAACUUAACUGAAAAGCAAAUUUCCAAUUCAAAUGUAUUUCAACACAGACACGGGAAGGUUUCUGGAAACGAGGCUUAUAAUAUUAUACGCGCAUCUUGGAAUACAAUAUUUGCUGCAUUUUACAUCCUAUUUCCAUCGUCUGUCACAUACGGGAGGAGGAAGCACCGAGAAGACGGAAAUACCUUUGAGACCCCAAGGACCUCAACCAAUGGAACGGCAUGGAAUAAAGCAACUGGAUUAUAUAUAAAUACUGGCAUUCGUUACUACUGGCUGCUCUAUUUGUGGUGGUGGUGGAGGGGGGGGGACAUUGGAUUUGCUUCUGUUCUUCUUCUCCUUCACCCGUUAUAAAUGAUGGCUCAUCCUGGAAUAAGAGAAUACAACAGCAGGGAGAUCGUGCUCAGAUAUCUCCAUUACAAGCUUUCCCAGAGAGGCUAUGACUGGAUUGCCAGUGGAGACAGAGCAAACCUUCUUUCUCCUGCUGCUGCUGGGACCUUCCGUGCCCUUGCUCCGCUGGCCUCUUUCCCGUCUGAGUCCCCUGGCUCAGCUGCUGCUAGCCACACGGGUCUGGUUGAGGAGCUACACCCGGUGCCACAGGUUGUCCACUUGACGUUACGCCAAGCUGGCGAUGAGUUUUCGCGGCGUUAUCAGCGGGACUUCGCCCAGGUGUCUGGCCAGCUGCACUUGACCCCAGUCACGGCCAGGAGUCGCUUUGUAGGAGUCGUGGAAGAGCUCUUCCGAGACGAGGUCAACUGGGGGAGGAUUGUGGCCUUCUUCGAAUUUGGGGGCAUGAUGUGCGUGGAGAGCGUCAGUCGGGAGAUGUCUCCUCUGGUGGACAGUAUCGCCGUGUGGAUGACGGAGUACCUGAACGGACACCUGCGGCAUUGGAUCCAGGACAACGGAGGUUGGUCCCAAGCCACAGAGCUCCUGCUGCAGGACAUCCUGAAAGGCAUCGGGAAGGCCAUCCAGGGAAGCUUGGGUGUCUCUGCGCAGCUCUACAGUUUUGGUCUUCAGCUCCUGCCGGACGUGCUCUACGUCCAAUUGCUGUCGGGCAAUCGUGGUCAUCGUGGAACUCUCCAGAGCCCUGGUGCCGGUCCUCAUCUGCCUGCCACCACCAGACUCCGGUAG